AUGCUCGGCCGGAAGGACGUGAAGGAAUGGGAGGCUGCUCCAGGUGUGGUGGACGCCCUGGAGAGAUGCGAGUUGCACCCCGGGGAGGCCCUGAAGCUGGAAUGUGGUGACCAUGACCAGUUGUGUUGUCCUGUGUGCGUCGUCUUUGACCACAGACAUUGCUCCAAAAUCCAUCCCAUUCCAGAUGUAGCAAAAGGUUUUCAGAGAAAUAUUGAGUUUCAACAAAUUCAAAAGAAGAUAGUUGAACUUGAAAAGCAAUUCGAGCUGAUGAAAGAAGCAAGAAUGAAGAAUACGACAUCUCUGAAAAAGACGCGGGCAGCCUUUUCUGAUGAAUUAAAAACCAUACGUAAAAAGAUCAACGAAAUCCUUGACAAGAUUGAGAAGGCAACUUUACAGGACUUGGACGGAAUAAUAGCUAAAUUUGAAAAAAAUAUAGAGAAAGAUAUCGAAACUUGUGAUAAAAUGACUAUCGAACUGCAAAGCAUGAUUGCCGCUUUUCAAACAAAAUUAAAAUCAAGCGAGUCAAAAUCAUAUAUUGCGUACAGAAAGAGCCAGGAUAUGAUUUCACAAGCAAGCGAUCAUCUUCGUGGCAUAUCAGUCAUUGAGUGUUACAAUGUAACAUUUCAAGCCAUUAAUCUUAUCGAAGAACUUUUAUCUUCAGUAAAGACCUUUGGAGCGGUUGAAGAACAAACUGUUAUGACCAAACAGCGAGAAGAUCUCCUUUCCGAUCCAAACCACGUCUUCAGUGUUGCAGAGUACAAGGAGUACAACGUGAAGAUGAGUAAUGACCAAUUUCAAUGUUAUAUCAGUGGCGUAUGUGAACUGCCUAGUGGAGAUUGUGUCAUAGCAGACAUGUAUAAUUGUAAAGUGAAGCUCUUGGACAAGGAGUACAGGGUGAUCGACCACUGUAAUGUCCCGGGUUAUCCUUGUGACGUGUGCCACAUUGACGGAAAUAAAGUGGCCGUUUGUGUUAACUGUACUUAUACUGAUAGACGAGGACUUUAUUUCAUUAAUGCUACGAUAGGGAGAUUCGUUACUACGACGAAGUUAAGCUUCACCCAUCCAUGUUCUGCCGUAGCAUAUCAUGGUGACCAGCUUUACAUCGGCUCCGGUAACGCCCUGUUCGUCUACACGAUGUUGGGAAAGAAGGUGAAGAGGCUCUACACGGACAAGUCUGGGGAAUGGACGGUGAAAAAAUGUGCCAUCAGUAACGACGGGAAGACAAUCUACAUGACAAACAACAGUAAACAUCAACUGAUUACCCUAGACAAGAAGGGUAAAAAGCUGGCCUUACUCACUGACCCUGACAUGGAAGAACCUACCGGAGUACACGUGACACCUGCUGGACACGUGUUCGUCUGCUGGUGCUACUACGAUGCAGUGCUGCAGGUUGACAAAGACGGAAAGAAGAAGUUGGCCACCCUGGCAAGGAAAGAAGACGGACUGGACUCACCGAAUGAUUUAUUUUUAAGCAGCCGCACUUCCUCUCUGAUUGUUGGUGGAGGGAAAGACAUACUUCUUGUUAUCAAGUUAAAUUAA